CACGUCAAGGAGCAAAUCUCCACACGCGCUCUGCUCCGGCCCUGGUAGUGAAAGUCUGUUGUGUUUUUAUUCGCGGUAAAAGAUGGAAAAACGGAUGAAACGAACAAGAGAAGACGAAGAGUGUGUGCUUGAUGUGAAACAGGUUUUUGAUGGAGAUUUCAGGCGCUGGGAUGUAGAAGAGACUGCCGCUUAUCUGCGGAGAGAAGGACUCGGCGAAUGGGAGAAUAUUUUCAGAGAACAGAAAAUAACAGGUCCUGUUCUACCGUACCUUACAGAGCUGCAUUUGGAGAAGAUGGGUAUUUUUCCUCUGGGAUCUUGUUUGCGAGUUCUCCACUGCUUACAGAGACUCUGGCAAAUCUCAUCUGAUGCCAUGAAGGUUUUCAAUGACCCGAUACAUGGCCAUAUUGAGUUGCAUACUUUGUUGGUCCAAAUCAUAGACACGCCUCAAUUCCAGAGACUUCGCCACAUUAAACAGCUUGGAGGGACUUACCUGGUCUUCCCUGGGGCUUCCCACAACCGCUUUGAGCAUUCCAUUGGAGUGGGAUAUCUGGCCGGGUGUUUAGUCCAGGCUCUCAGUGAGAGACAGCCAGAGCUCCUCAUCUCAAAGCAAGACAUUCUCUGUGUGCAGAUUGCUGGCUUGUGCCAUGACCUGGGUCAUGGCCCCUUCUCUCAUAUGUUUGAUGGUAUGUUCAUCCCUAAAGUUCGACCCAGUGAGAAGUGGAAGCAUGAGAUGGCCUCAGUUGAAAUGUUUGACCACCUGGUGAAGGUGAACGGCCUGGAGGUGGUGAUGGUACAGCAUGGCUUGACCCUCCCAGAUGACCUUAUUUUCAUUAAGGAACAGAUCGCUGGGCCUCUACAUCCCCCCGUUCUAGACUGUACGUGGCCAUAUAAGGGCCGGCCAAAGGACAAAUCCUUCCUCUAUGAAAUAGUGGCCAAUAAAAGAAAUGGCAUCGAUGUCGACAAAUGGGAUUAUUUUGCUCGAGACUGUUAUCAUCUGGGAAUUCAGAACAAUUUUGACUAUCAGCGUUUCCUCAAGUUUGCACGAGUGUGUGAAGUUCGAGGAAAGAAACACAUUUGCACCAGAGACAAGGAAGUUGGUAAUCUCUAUGACAUGUUUCACACCCGUAACUGCCUCCAUCGACGAGCAUAUCAGCACAAAGUUGGCAACAUCAUUGAGAUCAUGAUUACAGAAGCCUUCGUAAAGGCUGAUCCUCAUAUCUGCAUCCAGGGUUCCUCUGGCAAGAUAUUCACAAUCUCUUCAGCAAUAGAAGACAUGGAGGCCUACACCAAACUCACCGAUUAUAUUUUUGAACAGAUUCUGUACUCGUCCUCGCCGGAGCUGUCUGAUGCUCGAGCCAUCUUACAAAACAUCGUCUGUAGACGUCUGUAUAAAUGUGUAGGUCAGACCAUACCAGAGACACAUGUGGACAUAUCACAGGAUAAACUGUGUGAAUGGGAAAAUGAAGUGGCCAGUUCCAAACCCAGUGGCAUCGAUGGUGACCUCAGGGCUGAGGACUUUGUAGUUAGUGUCAUUCACAUGGAUUAUGGAAUGAAGGAGAAAAAUCCCAUGAACAAUGUUCAUUUCUACUGCAAGAAUGACCCCACCAAAGCCAUCAAGAUUCGCAAAAAACAGGUGUCAAAAAUCCUGCCGGAGCACUUUGCCGAACAGCUCAUUAGGGUUUACUGUAAGAGGACAGAUGACAAGAGCCUUGAAGCUGCGAAGAAGUACUUUGUCAAGUGGUGCAUGGACAAGAACUUUACUAAACCACAGGAUGGAGAUAUAAUCGCACCAGAGCUCACCCCACUCAAACGGGACUGGCACACCCGGGAACAAGACAAUGAUGGCAGUGAGGAAGAUGAAGACAAGUAUCCAGGAAUUAGAAAUGAAACACCCAGAAAAACUGAACGUCACGUAAAAGUUAACCUUUUUCAGGCUAAGGGAGAAGAUAUUACUCUCUGACCAGCAUUACUGGCCAUGGGAAGUUGUUUAUUUCUUGACAUCUCCGAAUGAACAGUGUGUUGUAUUCACAGCUUUUUAUGUUUAUAGUUAUAGUUAUUGUCUUUUUUUUUUUAAAUCAGUGUUUUAAUGCAACUCAUUAAAACACUGAGACGCUUCAUCAGUCUGUCUAGAAUGAUUAUUUGUCUCUUACCCUUUGUUUUUUUUUAUUAGUUAAAUGGUGAUAUUUAACGAUAUCGCAUUAUCGUUAAAUAGCGAAGCUAGUGCGAUGCAUUUUGACACUUAUUUAAAACAUACUUAUUACUCAUUACAUUUUGUUAUCAAGGACUGUUACGUUUUCUUUUGUCGACUAUAGUAGAGUGACUCUGCUCACUAUGUGCGAAGACUAAAGCAUCUGCUACACUCUGGUUCUCAAAAGUUUCAAUGUGUAUGACAUUCAAUAUGACAUUUAAUCAGGACAUAAAAUCUAGAGGACUUCAUUGUAAUCACAUCUGUAUAUCAGCAAGCACAUUUUAGUUUUCAUAUUUGCAGUACUGUUUUUAUAACAGUAUUGGUUUGUGCUGUUGUGGCCCCUUGUGCUCAGGGAUUUACUUUGUUUUAAAUGACCAGGGAAUACAUUUGAAGGAAGCCCAAUGUCUACCUGAGGGUUAAAUGCUUUUCAGUAAUGUUUCAUUCUAUUAUGAAAUAUUAAAAUUGUGUCUCAGUCGCAUGACAAUCACAUCAGGUCAAAAUGGUUCCAAAUAUGGUAAAAUUAUGGUGUUUUUCCCCCCCACCAUAUAGGAUGUUAGUUACAGCAUCAUAUUAACUUUAGUUCUAUUGACAUUUAUAUCUAACUUUGACUUUCUAAAGUGUAGUUUGUGUGGAUUUAUGUUGUGUAUUUGGCCAAGACCGAAUUUCUACUCUGAGAUAUUAAUUCUAAUGCAAAUUAAAAUGUUAAUUCCCCAAUCAUAAAUAUUGAACCAGUGCCUUUAGUCAAGUGAUUUCUAAUGUAAAAAAUUUAACUGAAGGCAGGUUUAAGCCGACGACAGUCCUUUUCAACUAAUCCAGCAAGAGCAGCAAGCUCUUGUAUAUCAAAGCUUUACCAAACACAUGCUGCUUCCACAAAUGUGAUAUAGUGAAGCUGAUAGAGGGAUAGAGAUUUUUUUUAAGAGGGUGAUGGUUUGCAACUUUGUUGUACAAAAUUACCACAUGUGUUUGUUCUAAAGAACACCAUUAUGAUAUGUAUUAAAGGUGCAAUCAGGUUUUGAUUAUUAAAAGACACCAAAAGACAUGAAUAGUAUUUUUUUUUUUUUUAAAUAUGUUCUCAUUUCUGAAAUUGUGCAAUUGUUAUUUCAUGUCCUUGCUGCUUUUCCUUGUUCCUUACUCCACCCUCAUAGGAAAGGAUGGAAGGAAAGUAAAAGAGGAUAGAGGAAUCCAAGCAAGACUGAUUUGCAAAAUGAAAUGUACUCACACGUCACUUUAGAGCAUUGGUUUUCAAACUGGGGUUCGAGGUCCCCUAGGGGGUCUGUGAGUGUUCUUAAACUUAAGUAGAAAAAAGGUAUGCUGUCAACAUACAACAAAUUUUGCUAAAUUAUUCCAGAUAAUAGGGAUGCACUGAAAUAAAAAUAAAUUUGGCUGACACAAUACAGAGUUUAACAAAAAAACUUGAGGCUGAACUGUUUUACAUCUUUAAGCUUUCAAUAUGUACA